AUGUCUCGCAAUGUGAGCAAUUUCGCCCCCUUUCUUGUUGGUGUCGCUACACCUAUGGUCUUGGGUUUUCUAACGCUCUGCCUCUUAAAAGGAAAGGGGCUCAAAUCUGACAAAACCCAUGGCUUUGCCAAGCUACCAGUGGAAAUAAAAGUCGAAAUCUUCAAGCAGUGCGACUCACUGAACGAUGUAGCAUCACUCAUCGCGGCUUCUCCGUCAGUACGAGUUUGCUUCCAAGAAAACCGAGAUAAUCUCCUUCAACAUCACAUUUCUUAUAUCCGAGAGAUAUUCUACGAUGAUGCCCUCAUCCCUUUGGCCUUGAUGGUUGCGAUGAUGCGACGUCGCUUGACGAAGCACAGUGACAUGCAUGGUCUGGUGGAGCUCCUGGAACAAUUUGUCCAUGGAAAGAGAUAUGAAGUGUUUGAGCGGAAGUUUCACUACUGGCAGGAGAGCCUGUUCCAGAUCCAAGAUCUCGUCAAUAUCUGCACAGAGAUUCAAGAGAUUUGUCCGAGGGUAUGCUACAGUGCAUCAGCAGCAUAUGCCAAGCCCCUUCUAUCUAAACCGUGGCACCACCGAUUCGUGGAAACCUAUCUGCGUUCAAAGAUCAGCGCCGCCAUGCGAGAUUCUUCUACCAAACUCCUAUUUCCGUACCAAGACACUCUUAGCCAUGAACUGGACGUGUUCUUGUUCGCUGACAACUAUGCUGGGAGCAAGCUACCUGAUACUGAUAUGGUAGACGCACAUGUGGCUUUAGGUCAGCUCGGUGCUACCACCCUUCAACAUAGGGUUUCUAUGGCUGGUGAUCCAGUGGAAAGACAGCGGAUGUUAGAAGAAAGGAAGGCUGAGAUACAAAAUUGGAGAGAUAUGCGAAAAAUGGCCUGGGAGGAGGAGGAUAAGAAGGUUGAGAAUGGGCAAAUGGUGAUUUAUAACGGCUUCGGGCGGCUCCUGUGA